AAAUUGCUUUGGAAAUUGUGUGCUUCGCAGUGCCUAUACAGCACUCUACUGACUUACGAACCUAAGGGUCAAAUAUUGAUUACAGCUUUCUAUGGUUUUAAAUAUUUUGAAAAAGAAAAAUUAAGUAAUAAUUAAAUAAUUUUGCUUUUUAUAUUGUUAAGUAAAAUAAGUGUCAGAUGUCUUCUGUUGGAGUAAAAUUGUGGCAAACGGUGCGGCCUCACGUGCCCCUGAUCAAGUUCCGCAAGGGAGGCCUGUCCGGGAGCGAGGCGAGGGGCGUGACGGAGCCCGGCCCGGGGCCGCAGCCCGGGAGACCCGCGGCUGCUACGGUCCACGUGAUCAGCGGAGGGGAGCUGCCGGCGCGUCUUCGUCGCAGACCCAUCGACGACUUCGAGAUUGCUUACAUAAACAGAGGUGGCCCAGAGUGAAAUGCACUCAGCAUGACUACAGUAUGUACUUCAAUAGAACUCACAUUAAGUUGAGGAUUAAGACUGCCCCAGUUUGUGACCAAAUAAUAUAAUAAUUGUACAGUUAUUUAUUGAAAAUAUUAUGAAAUAAAAUGCACAUAAAUGAGUUUUAUUAUCAGAA